CGCGCGCGUGACCUGCAGAAACGCAGACGCUGGGACGCUCGGUGGGAGCUCUCGCUUGCGCUGCGCGCUUUAGCAUGCAGAGAGCGGGCCGCUCUGCACACCGGUGCUUUACCAGUUCCACAUCGAGCCAUGUCGUCCUGCAGCCGCGUGGCGCUGGUCACCGGGGCCAAUAAGGGCAUCGGCUUCGCCAUCGUGCGGGACCUGUGCCGGCAGUUCUCGGGGGACGUGGUGCUCACGGCGCGGGACGCGGAGCGGGGCCGGGCGGCCGUGCAGCAGCUGCAGGCAGAGGGCCUGAGCCCGCGCUUCCACCAGCUGGACAUCGACGACCUGCAGAGCAUCCGGGCCCUGCGGGACUUCCUGCUCAAGGAGUAUGGGGGCCUGGACGUGCUGGUCAACAACGCGGGCAUCGCCUUCAAGGUUAAGGAUCCCACACCAUUUCACAUUCAAGCGGAAGUGACCAUGAAAACGAACUUUUUUAGUACCCGAGACGUCUGCACAGAGCUCCUGCCUCUCAUGAAACCCCAAGGCAGGGUGGUGAACGUGUCUAGCGAUGUAAGUGUCAGAGCUCUGAAGAGCUGCAGCCCGGAACUGCAGCAGAAGUUUCGAAGCGACACCAUCAGCGAGGAGGAGCUGGUGAGGCUCAUGAACAAGUUCGUGGAAGACACAAAGAACGGGGUGCACGAGAAGGAGGGCUGGCCCAGCACCGCCUACGGGGUCUCGAAAAUCGGCGUCACGGUCCUGUCCAGGAUCCACGCCAGGAACCUCAGUGAGCACAGGGGAGGGGACAAGAUCCUCCUGAAUGCCUGCUGUCCAGGCUGGGUGAGAACCGACAUGGCUGGCCCCAAGGCCACCAAAAGCCCAGAAGAAGGAGCAGAGACCCCUGUGUAUUUGGCCCUUUUGCCCCCAGAGGCGGAGGGGCCUCACGGACAGUUUGUUUCGGAAAAGAAAGUUCGGCCAUGGUGAGUGCCUCUCCUAGCUCCUCCGAGGGCCCCGUGACAGUGUAUGUCCUGAACUGACCUCAAGAACCUGUAGGCUGUCAAAUAAUGUCUAUCCAGAAACCAUAAAUACGAUAGAAUUGUCUACUAA